AUGUCUAGAAUCAACCAUCCUAAUAUUAUACAGUUACAUAGAGUUUUAAAGUCACAAACGAAGUAUUUCCUUAUAUUAGAUUUGAUUCGUGGAAAAGACUUAUCAGAGAUAAUCGGCCAAAAUGGAUGCCUCAGUGAAUCAACAGCAAGAAUAUAUUUUCAUCAAAUUAUUGAUGCAAUUGACUUUUUACAUAGAAAUGGAAUUAUUCAUCGUGAUAUUAAGCCAGAUAACAUUCUAAUCGAUAAAAAUGAUAAAGCUUAUCUUAUCGAUUUCGGUCUAUCUGCUAGAAAUAUCACACAAUCCGAUUUAUUUACAGAUAUGUUGGGAACUCCAAACUAUUUAGCUCCUGAAGUAAUAACAGAAACGCCAUACAGAGGACAAUCAGUAGACUUAUACGCAGCCGGACUGAUCCUUUAUGUUAUGCUUACCGGAGAAGUUCCAUUCCACGCUGAUUCUUCACAAGAUGUAAUCCAAAAUAUCAUAUUAUCAGAGUUAUAUAUUCCAAAUUUCAUUUCAGAUGCGGCUGCAAAAUUAAUUCGACGUUUAACUCACAGAAAUCCACGACUCCGCUAUACAAUCGAAGAUGUCCGUAAAGAUGAAUGGUUUUCUGAGGAUUAUACAUCAUCAGCUGCAGGAGAAAUCAUUGAUCGUGAAAUCCAAAUUGAAAAUGCAAAUAUACAGAUAUUACAACCUCAGCAGGUUAUGGAAUAUACUGAUCAAUGUUCCAUGACACCAUGCUCUAUAGAGAAAGAACAGAAUACAGAAACGAAAAACUGUAUUUGUUCUCCAUUCGCUUUUUCUGUUAUUUCUCCUUUGGAUGCUCUGAAGAGGAACUUAAACAAGAGAAUAGAAAGUUUGGGCGGUUGCAUCAAAGAUGAAGAAAAUUCAAGCGAAAACGCAACUUUUAAACUUGGUUUAUCGUCAUUAGCCAUUAAGAUAGACAUAUUCCCACUGGUCGAUACAACUCAUAUCAUCCGCAUCAUUAAUAUACACGGAGAGAACUCAGAUUUUGAUUCAAUUGCAACACAAUUGAAAAAACAACUUUGUAUAUAA